AUGCCUCCGAGACUACUUCAUCCAGAUGAGUACGAGCUGGUCUCUCGCUCGUCCUUCGAUUCGCGGGACAGCUUCGACCUCGACGAGGCGGACCCCGAAUCCCGCGCCCUAGCCAGCCCGAGCUAUCCCAAACAGAGUCUGUCUCUCCUCCAGCGCCUCUGGGCAUCUCUUCCUCCCGCCAUCCGUCCCCCUCGCCGCUUUCUCCUCCGGAAUCGCUCAAGUCGACCUGCCUGGAAGGGCUCCACAAGGCCGUCUUGCUCGUAUCGCCCCAGCGCGUGUCGUCGCCUGUUCUUCGUCGCCUAUAUUCUCAGCGGCAUCGUAGCUGUUCUCGUCCUGCUCACCGCGAUCAUCAGUCCUUCCUACACACACAGACCGGCCCAUUACGAUGCUCUUCGGCAGGCAAUUCGAGACUCGAACGAGCCCGGCAGGGGCAAUCCACGCAACGAAAAGGUUUUCAUAGCGGCGAGCAUAUAUGAUCGGGAUGGUAGCCUUGCUCGCGGACAAUGGGGCAGGAACGUCCUUGAUCUGAUCGAGCUUCUGGGGCCGGAUAACACCUACUUGAGUGUUUUUGAAAAUGAUUCUGGUGAUGUAUCAGCGGCCGCCCUCCAGGAUCUUGAGCAGAAGGUUCCGUGCAACCGAUCGAUGGUGUACGAACCGCACCUGGACCUCAAGAAUAUACCGCGUGUAACGCUGCCAGGCGGCUCGGAACGCCUAAAGCGGAUCGCCUUUCUCUCCGAAGUGCGCAACCGUGCCCUUCAACCCCUCGACGACCCCGAUCGAGAGAGAUUCGACAAGCUGUUAUACAUCAAUGAUGUCUUUUUCGACCCCAUAGAUGCCGUUCAACUACUUUUCGCGACUAACGUAGACAAGGACGGGAAGUCGCAGUAUCGCGCUGCGUGCGCUGUGGACUUUAUCAACGCCUUUAAGUUUUAUGACACAUUUGCCGCCCGAGAUCUCGAAGGAUACUCGACCGGCAUUCCCUUCUAUCCUUGGUUCUCAGACGCUGGAGAAGGCCAGAGUCGGCACGACGUUCUACACCAGCGCGAUGCUGUCCGAGUCAGAAGCUGUUGGGGUGGUAUAGUUGCCUUUGACGCCUCUCUUUUCCAGGCCUCGGCAUCGCUAGAGACCUCACACGGCGAUAGGCGGCACCACCAGUCGCUUACGCCACGAGCAUUUCACCCCGCUCGCUUCAGAGCGGAGCCAGACCAAUACUGGGAUGCGUCGGAAUGCUGUCUGAUCAAUGCUGAUAUUCAGAUUCCACCUCACAAAUCCAAAGAACCUAUUGACACGGGAAUUUAUAUGAACCCUUACAUUCGAGUGGCUUAUGAUACAUCCACACUCUCCUGGCUUGGUCUCACGAGGAGAUUCGAACGGCUUUAUUCGCUGCCUCAUAACAUCCUGAACCACCUCGUUGGCAUGCCGUGGUACAACCCGCGACGAGAAGAGCGAGCAGGCCAACGAGUUGAACAGACCGUUUGGUCCCCUGAGAAGGGAUCUUACGAGACAGUGACUCGAGUUGCAGGCACUGGCGGAUUCUGUGGACGCCGUGCUUUGCAGGUGAUGAUACCCAACCCAAAAAAGGGCCACAAGAACUGGGAGAUGCUCCCAGUUCCACCCGAGUAAAAUGAUUCUUACGAUUUUUCUGUUUUAAUAACACCGGGAUUCUCUGGCUAGAAGUUUUGGCGUCCUGGGUUUCUAUGGAGUCUGGCUGUCUACGUACGGUGAUACCAUCACAGCACCUUUUGACGUUUCCUUGAGGGCUCCUACCUCUGCGGAAGAGGUGGGGCCAGUGACUGGAGCUUGUUCAGGGGCAUAUUCUUUUGAUAUAUGGCCAAUUUUUUUUGUCUUCUUGAUAUAUAUAUAUUUCAAUGUCUGCUAUUUGAAAGUGAUAUAGACUGCGCCGGGUGUGUGUGAUACACAUACUUGAGGUUAUACAAUACACUUGCUGUUCAGAUCCUACAUUCCAGA